UUCGCUUUGAGUAGAUGUUUCCAGUUUACAGAAGACGACGGCAAGCCACAAAGCAAAGCAGAGGUGUAGUACACACACUAAGCAAGCAAGCAAACCAGUUAGUUCACUUUAGUGCAGAAAGCAAAAAUAAGAAAUUUGUGCAAAAUGGUGAAAAGUGUUAUCGACAUGGAAUUCAAGAGCAACUUCUCCAUCGAUGCCAUACUUGCGAAGAGUUCGUCGCAACCACACCACACACACCCCUACCAGCUCCAGUAUGCUGAACAGCGUCUUCAACGUCAACAAAGUCAGCAAAGUCAACAUCUACAUCAGCGCCCGCAGCAGCACCGCCAACACCAAGUGGAUUUGCAGCCUAAGCCAAGGCAAGCGCAUAACGCCGCCGAGCAGCUACAGCUGUUCAGCUCCGCCGAUGAGUUGUCCAGCAUAGAGGAAUUUGAUACGCCCUCGCGCACCAGCACACCCAUGAGCAGCGUAGCCGGCUCGCUUACCUCCAGCGAGGAUAAGCUCGAAGAGGGCGAGAGCUGUGAUGAUGAAUUGGACGAUGAAAGCGCCAAUGAUGAGGAGGAGCAUGACAGCAACAAAGCGUCCGGUGAUGCCACUGAUUCGAAAACAGAAGGCGAUAGCAGCAAGAAGCCACCUUACUCCUACAAUGCGCUCAUCAUGAUGGCCAUACAAGAUAGCCCCGAUCAGCGGCUCACGUUGAACGGCAUCUAUCAGUAUUUGAUCGAUCGCUUCCCCUACUUCAAGAAGAACAAGCGCGGCUGGCAAAAUUCCAUACGUCACAAUCUCAGCUUGAACAAGUGCUUCGCGAAGAUACCACGCAGCUACGAUGAUCCCGGCAAGGGCAACUACUGGAUCUUGGACCCCAGCGCUGAAGAGGUUUUCAUUGGUGAAACAACUGGCAAGUUGCGUCGCAAGAAUCCUGGCGCUAGCCGUUCACGCUUGGCCGCCUAUAGGCAAGCGAUCUUCUCGCCGCUGAUGGGCGCUUAUGGCGCCGCAGCCGCUAUGCCCAGCUACCAUGGGGCUACACAGUUUACGGGCGCGGCUGGUUAUAUGGGCGCAGCCGCCGCUGCUGCAGCGCUCUAUCAACGCAUGACAGCACCAGCGCCUUUGACAGCAGCAGCAGCAGCCGCUUAUCAUGCCAUGUAUGGCGGGGCGGCACAUCCACAACCGCCACCGCCAACAACAGCUCAUCAGUUGGGUAUUGGCUAUGGGCCGUCGCCAUAUGGCGGCAUGCCUACACUAACGGUCGGCGCAGCAGCAGCGCCCAUGUCCAAUGAAUUGUUUCAGCGCAUGCAGUUGUUCGGCAAAUUCCCCGCAAGCUAAGCGGCGCGGCUUACAAGUGUCAGCGACGGCAGACAGACAGACAGACAGAGUAGGUGGCACGCUUCGGAGUGUUAAAUGGCCACCAAGUGCAUAGCGAUGAGGGCGCGUACAGCUAGCUGCAGGAUUUCCAUACCCAAAAGUGGCGCGAGAAAUGAGUGGAAUGCGCAGGCGCGCCGCCCGACGGCAAAGUGACGGGAGCCUGACUAGCAACGAAGACAUGUGAAAACAACGGGUAUAAGCAGCUUGGCUUUAUGUCUGGUAAAUCUCUUAGUGACUGACAACUGAGCGGCAGGUGGAGCAGCCUCCGGUUAGACAGCGGCCGCUUCGUUGAAUUUGUGCUUAUAAAAGUGUAGGAUUUUAGCUUUUUCUAAAGAGACUUUUUUGUAUUUAAAUUUAAAACAUAGUCUGGAAGCAAUGAAAAAUCAAAAACAAAAAUGUACA